AUGUCGAACUUCACAUUCGCAUACUCCUCAGCGCCGCUGAAAACGGUGCAGGAGAUCCAAUUCGGCCUCUUCCCGCCAGAGGAGAUCAAGGCGAUGAGCGUGUGCCACAUCGAGUACCCAGAGACGAUGGAUGAGCAGCGGCAGAGGCCACGCGAGAAAGGGCUGAACGACCCCAAGCUGGGCACCACCGACCGUGGCUACAAGUGCGCAACGUGCGAGGAGAGCAUGACUGAGUGUCCUGGACACUUUGGCCACAUCGAACUCGCCGUGCCGGUCUUCCACAUUGGCUACAUCAACAAGGUCAAGAAGAUCCUUGAAUGUGUCUGCCACAACUGCGGCAAGCUGCUGGAAGAUGAACGCAACCCAGCGUUCGGACAAGCCGUCCGCCUUCGAGACCCCAAGCGGCGCUUCGAAGCCGUGCAUCGCUUGUGCAAGAUGAAGAAGACUUGCGAGGCCGACGAGCCUUCCGACGACCCCAGCGACCCGAAAGCGCAGUUGAAGUACCAGGGUCACGGUGGCUGUGGCAAUGUCCAGCCUGAGAUCCGGAAAGAGCAGCUUCGGCUUUGGGGCACGUGGAAGGUCGCGAAGAGCGACGAGGAUGGGGACGAGAAGAACAGCGCGGAGAAGCGCCUGAUCGCCCCCGCCGAUGCGCUGCAAGUCUUCCGCAACAUCUCCAACGAUGACCUCAAUCGUCUGGGCUGCAACGUCGACUACGCUAGGCCGGAGUGGAUGAUCCUGACUGUGCUGCCUGUCCCGCCGCCAGCAGUGAGACCAAGCAUAUCGGUCGACGGCACCAGUCAGGGUAUGCGCUCAGAGGAUGACUUGACCUACAAGCUGUCCGACAUCAUCCGCGCAAACUCCAACGUCCGUCGCUGCGAGCAGGAAGGCUCCCCCCAGCAUGUCGUUGAGGAAUUCUUCCAGCUGUUGCAGUUCCACGUGGCGACGUACAUGGACAAUGACAUCGCCAGCGUGCCAAAGGCGAUUCAAAAGUCUGGCCGCCCGGUCAAGGCGAUUCGUGCUCGGUUAAAGUCCAAGGAAGGUCGUCUGCGAGGCAACUUGAUGGGCAAGCGAGUCGACUUCUCUGCUCGCACCGUCAUCACUGGCGAUCCCAAUCUCGACUUGGAUCAAGUCGGCGUACCACGUUCGAUCGCAAAGACGCUGACGUUCCCAGAAACUGUCAAUGCCUACAACAUCCAUAAGCUCACCCAGCUUGUCCGUAAUGGACCCAACGAGCACCCUGGCGCCAAGUACGUCAUCCGCGACAACGGUGAGCGAGUUGAUCUGCGACACUCCAAGCGCGCAGGAGAGAUGACCCUCCAAUACGGCUGGAAAGUCGAGCGCCACAUUGUCGACGGCGACUUCAUCAUCUUCAAUCGUCAGCCCUCCCUCCAUAAGGAAUCCAUGAUGGGUCACCGCGUCAAGGUCAUGCCCUACUCCACCUUCCGCCUCAACCUCUCUGUCACCUCUCCCUACAACGCCGACUUCGACGGCGACGAGAUGAACUUGCACGUCCCGCAGGGCCACGAGACCCGCGCAGAGGUUAUGAAUCUCUGUGCCGUACCUCUCAACAUCGUCUCGCCUCAGAAGAACGGCCCGUUGAUGGGUAUCGUACAAGACACCAUGGCCGGCUUCUACCUCAUCACUAGGCGUGAUGUGAUGCUCGAUCGCGAGCAAGUCAUGAACAUCCUCAUGUGGGUGCCUGGCUGGGACGGAAUAAUCCCACCUCCUGCGAUCAUGAAGCCGAGCCCCAGAUGGACGGGCAAGCAGAUAGUAUCGCUCGCUCUACCAAACGGGCUCAACAUGUUCCGCAGCAGCGAAAAGGAGGACAGGGACUUCCCGUUGCACGAAGUCGAGGGCAUCCAGAUACAGAACGGCGAACUCAUCCAUGGGCGCAUCACGAAGAAGAUUGUCGGAGCAUCGCCUGGAACGGUGAUCCACUACGUCUACAAUGACAAGGGCCCUGAGGCGGCGGUCGAGUUCUUCAACGCUGCGCAGCGCAUUAUCGCCUACUGGCUUCUGCACAACGGCUUCUCUGUCGGCAUCGGCGACACCAUCCCUGACGCGGAGAUGGCUGCGAACAUUGAGAAGGCGAUUCAGGAUCAGAAGGCUGAGAUCGAGAAGAUUGUGACGCUUGUGCAGACGAACAAGCUGGAACAGUUGCCCGGCAUGACGAUUCGUGAGACGUUUGAGUCGAAGACCAAGAUGCAUCUCGAUGAUGCCAGAAACAAGGGUGGUGACGUCGCGUACAACGACAUGAAGAGCUGCAACAACGUGUCGACUAUGGUCAAGAGUGGCUCCAAGGGCAGCACCACCAACGUCUCGCAAAUGACGGCCGCGGUGGGUCAGCAGUCACUGGAGGGCAAGCGGUUGCCGUUCGGCUUCAAGUACCGGACGCUGCCUCACUUCCCCAAGGACGACUACUCGGCUGCUUCCAGAGGGUUUGUCGAGAACUCCUACCUGCGUGGUCUCACACCCCAAGAGUUUUUCUUCCACGCCAUGGGUGGUCGAGAAGGUCUCAUCGAUACAGCUGUCAAGACUGCAGAGACUGGGUACAUUCAACGUCGUCUCGUCAAGGCUUUGGAAGAAGUCAUGGUCAAGUACGAUGGGACAGUGCGAAACUCACUGGGCGACAUUCUGCAGUUCAUCUAUGGCGAAGACGGACUGGACGCCAUGUGUAUUGAGCCUCAGAGCUUGGAGAUCAUCAUGUCCAGCCAGCAGGCUUUCGAGAGGAAGUACAAGAUCGACGUCAUCACGCCUAGCAAGGACUUUCAGCUCACUAGGGAUGAGCUUGAGAUGGCCGACGAGAUCCAGGGUGACAUCGAGGUGCAGGCGCUCUUCGACGAGGAGUUCGACGAGAUCCGCCACGCUCGUGACAAGAUCCGAAAGGGUCUGGACGACGCGAGCGAGAGCAUGCAGCUGCCGCUCAACGUUGGGCGCAUGAUUCGGAAUGCUCGUGACAAGUUCAAGAUCAAGGAUGGUGCUCGCAGCGAUCUUGACCCACGGGACGCCAUUCCGAAGAUCAAAGCUAUGCUUGAUAGGCUGAGGAUCGUGCGUGGCGACGACGACUUGAGUGCUCAGGCUGAUUUGGACGCGAUGUUGCUAACCAAAGCCAAUUUCCGCAGCCGACUUGCCUUCAAGCGGAUCGUCAAGGAGGACAGCUUGAACAAGCUUGCGCUCGACAACAUUCUCGGCGACAUUGAGAACCGCUUCUCGCGCUCUUUGGCCAGCCCAGGCGAGAUGGUCGGUGUGCUUGCUGCGCAGAGUAUUGGUGAGCCGGCUACCCAAAUGACGCUCAACACUUUCCAUUUGGCUGGUGUGACAGCCAAGACGACCACCAAGGGUGUGCCGCGUCUCAAGGAAAUCUUGAACGUGGCUGAGAACCUCAAGACGCCCAACAUGAAGGUCUACCAAUUGGAGAAGGACCGGCUCAACCAAGAAUCUUGCAAGGAUCUGCGGUCGAAGAUUGAGCACACCAGUCUGCGGGGUGUUACGGACGAGACAGAGAUCUACUAUGAUCCAGUCAUUGACAGCACGGUCAUCGAGGCUGAUAAGGAUAUGGUGGAGUCUUACUUCAUUAUCCCUGAGGACUCCGCGGAGCCUAUGGACCAGCAGAGCAGGUGGCUGUUGCGUAUUGUGUUGGGCAGACGACAGCUGUUGGACAAGGGCCUCACCGUCUCCGACGUCGCCCGUCGCAUCAAGGAGAUCUUUGGCUCGGACGUCGCAGUCAUCUUCUCCGACGACAACGCCGACGAGCAGGUUGUGCGUGUGCGUAUGCUCACCGGACACGCUUCUCGCGACAUGAAGGACGAAGAGGAGGGUGGGCAGGAAGAAGAGGACACCCUCAAGCGUCUCGAAACCCACAUGCUCGACACCGUCGUGCUGCGUGGCGUCAACGGCGUCCGCCGCGCCUUCGUCAGCACGGAUUUGCACAUGUACGAGAAGGACACCGGCGAGCUCGUGCGCAGCAAGCACGACGAGAAGUGCAAGGAGUGGUAUCUCGACACCGACGGCGUGAAUCUCCGCGACGUCCUUAGUGUGGACGGCGUGGACGAGACGCGCACGACGUGCAACCAUUUCGGCGAGAUCAUGAAGGUGUUUGGGAUCGAAGCGACACGUGCGGCGCUGAUGCGGGAGUUGAAGGAUGUCUUGACGAAUGAUGGCUCGUACGUCAACCACCGCCACAUGGGCAUCUUGUGCGAUGUCAUGUGCGCUCGUGGCAGUCUGAUGGCGGUCACGAGACAUGGUAUCAACCGUGCGGAUACUGGUGCGUUGAUGAGGUGUUCGUUUGAGGAGACGGUGGAGAUUCUUUUCGAGGCGGCAAGCUCUGGUGAGCUGGACGACUGCAGGGGUGUUUCCGAGAACAUCAUUCUUGGACAGCUGGCGCCUUCUGGGACUGGAGAGUUCGACUGCUUCCUGGACCAGGAGAUGCUCAAGACGGUCGUGUCGACGCAGAAGGCGAUGGGAUCGCUGGCUGCUGGGGCCGCCAGCCCGAUGGAUGGUGCCAUGACGCCUUACGAUAUGGGCUCGCCGCUCGCCGAAGGCUAUGGCGCUGGUGGACAAGACUACGGCGCCUCGUUCUCACCCAUCAUUCAACCUGGCGCAGACGAGGCCGGCGGUCUCACUUCUUACGGAUCGAUGGCCGGCGGCUUCAGCCCGUACGGCGGUAGAGGCGGCAUGAGCCCUGGCUACGAAUCUGGCUACGCUCCGCAGAGCCCGAACCCCUUCGGAGGCAUGUCGCCCGCCAGUCCUUACGGAGGCUACUCGCCUACAUCGCCUUCAAUGAGCUACAGCCCAACGUCGCCUGGUGCUGGGUUGUCGAGCCCGGCGUACCAAUUCGGCGGCAGUCCGAGCUCGCCAGCCUACACGCCCACAUCGCCCUCUUACAGCCCAACGAGCCCAUCCUACAACGCCGGCACCGGCAACAAAGUCUCGCCCACCAGCCCAAGCUACUCGCCCACCUCGCCGAGCUACUCCCCAACCUCACCCUCCUACUCCCCCACCUCGCCAAACUACUCCCCCACCUCCCCCGGCCACGUCGGCAGCGCCACCUCCCCCAAAUACUCCCCGACAUCCCCGCAGUACUCCCCCACCUCCCCGCAGUACAGCCCGACGUCCCCGACCUACUCCCCGACCUCACCGAAGCAGACCCGCAGCGGCACAGGCAUCAGCCCGACGAGUCCGAGCUAUUCUCCCACGUCGCCCGUGUACUCGCCGACGAGCCCCGCACAGAACUCGUACAGCCCGACGAGUCCGAGUGGGCAGUUUGGGGGUGGAAACGGGAGGAGUCCGACGAGUCCGCAGUACUCGCCUACUAGUCCGCAGUAUUCGCCCAAGUGA